AGUUUUGCUUUCGCGUUUUUCUUCUCAAUGUAAUCAAACACCAGCAUCCUCUCUAACUUCCCUUUCUCCUCCCUUAAUAGCCAUGUCCUCCUUGUUAUUCCACCAACCGCUCUGCCUUCACCAGCCGCUGCACCGCCGUGGUUCUCCGCACGCUCUUUCCAACGCCGGUGCUUUCCAGUAUCUGAAAUCUGUUGGUUCCACUUGUCGGAUUUUGGAAUGCAAUGCGGCGUACAAACCUCAUGCAGAAGAACUCGUAGGUGCGAUUCAGAAUGAACUGCCAGACACGAAGCUUUGGGAACAGAUUGUGGAGGACGGCACAGAGGAAGAUGAUUCUAUCUUUUUGGACUCAGAUAAGAUUCGGAAGCAGGUGCAAUUGAUUCAGUCGAUGCUGCAGUCCAUGGGCGACGGAGAAAUAACCGUCUCUCCGUACGACACCGCAUGGGUAGCGAUGGUGGAGGAUAUCAACAGCGCCGACCGCGUGCCGCAGUUCCCCUCCAGCGUCGACUGGAUCUCCAAUAACCAACUCUCCGAUGGAUCAUGGGGAGACGAAUACAUCUUCUCGAUCUACGACAGAAUUAUCAACACAUUAGGAUGCGUAGCUGCGUUGAGAUCAUGGAACAUUCAUCCUGAAAAAUCUGAAAAAGGAAUUUCCUUCAUCAAAGCUAAUAUCCACAAGCUCGAGGACGAAAACGAAGAGCACAUGCCGAUCGGUUUCGAAGUGGCAUUGCCAUCGCUUCUCGAAAUAGCAAAAAAGCUCGACAUUGACAUCCCUUACGAUGCUCCAUGCCUGCAAGAGAUUUACCGGAGAAGAGACAUAAAGUUGAAAAAGAUACCGAAGAACAUCUUGCACAAAGUGCCGACAACACUACUCCACAGCUUGGAAGGGAUGGCAGACCUAGAGUGGGACAAGCUAAUAAAGUUACAGUGUGCUGAUGGAUCAUUGCUAUUUUCUCCAUCUUCCACAGCCUUCGCUCUCCAGCAAACAAAGGACCAAAAUUGUCUCAAGUAUUUGGAUAAAGCUGUCCAGAAAUUUAACGGUGGAGUUCCAAAUGUGUACCCGGUGGAUUUGUUCGAGCACAUUUGGGUGGUAGACAGAUUGCAGAGACUUGGAAUUUCGCGAUAUUUUAAAUCAGAACUUCAGGAAUCUAUUGAUUAUGUUCACAGGCAUUGGACAAAUAAGGGGAUUUGUUGGGCCAGAAAUUCUGAGGUACAAGACAUCGAUGACACAGCCAUGGCCUUCAGGCUAAUGAGAUUAUAUGGCUACAAAAUUUCCGCAGAUGUGUUCAAAAAUUUCCAGAAUGGCGACGAAUUCUUCUGCUUCUCCGGGCAGUCGACGCAAGCUGUGACCGGAAUGUACAACCUCUAUAGAGCCUCCCAGUUGAGGUUCCCCGGAGAAGACAUACUCAUACAGGCCAAAAAUUUCUCGGCCAAAUAUUUACAAGAGAAGCGUGCAAAUAAUGAGCUUUUGGAUAAGUGGAUUAUUACCAAAGAUCUCCCGGGAGAGGUGAGUUAUGCACUGGACGUGCCCUGGUAUGCCAACUUACCUAGAGUCGAGACAAGGUUCUACUUAGAACAGUAUGGUGGCUACGAGGAUGUCUGGAUUGGCAAAACCCUGUACAGGAUGCCGUACGUCAAUAACAACACCUAUCUCGAACUGGCCAAACUGGACUUCAACAACUGCCAGGCAUUGCACAGGGAGGAGCUAAGAAACCUUCAAAAGUGGUCCAGAAACUGUUCCUUGUUCGAAUUCGGUCUGACCGACGCCACCCUCCUCCAGACCUACCACAUUGUCUCCGCCAGCGUGUUCGAACCCGAACGGUCCGCAGAACGCAUCGCCUGGGCCAAGACAGCCAUCCUCGUCGAGACCAUAGUCUCCCACUUCCAUCAAAACCACUUCUCCCCACACCAAAUCUCCACCUUCGUCCACGAAUUCGCCAACACCACCUCACCCAACAGUGGAUCCCAAAACAAUGGAUCCCCAAGGAGAAUCAGCACCUUCGUCGGCGCCAUUGUCCGGACACUAAACCAGCUCUCCUUAGACAUGCUUUCAGCACACGGCCGCCACGUCCAUCCCCAGAUCGUUCACGCAUGGCAAAGCUGGCUGGACACGUGGACGAAUCAGGAAGGGGACAGCUCCAGCAGACAUGGCGAGGCAGAGCUGUACCUACGUGUAUUAAACAUAAGCAGUGAAAGUGGGUCCCUCGAGGACCACGACCUACUAAAGUCGCAUCCCAAGUAUCAGCGACUUUUAGCUAUCACAGAGUCGGUGUGCAGCAAGCUGCGACUUUUCCAAACCCAAAAGGAUAGGGGAGAGGCGAUGUGCGGUCAGGAUGGAACCACGACAGCGGAGAUAGAAUCGGAGAUGGAGGAGUUGGUGGAGAUGGUGGUGGUAAAAGAUGAUGAUGAUGAUUUGGAGAGUGGUGUGAAGCAGAAGUUUCUUACGGUUUCUAGAAGCUUCUAUUACUCGGCUUAUUGCAACCCUGGCACUAUCAGCUUCCACAUCGCCAAGGUACUGUUCGAAAAAGUGCUGUGAGCUUGGAGGUUGUGUAUGUAAAACUAAGUGUUUAUUAUUAUUAUUAUUAGUUUAGAUUUUGGGGGUUUUUUUAUGGUUUCGUUUUGUUUUUUUUUGGGAAUAAGAAUGUUAUAUGCUGUUUCGGAUGGUAUUGUGAAUGUAAUGGGUUAUGGAGGGAUGAUGUAAUAUAUUUGAAUUAAAUUAAAUUAAAUA